GCCGCCGCCUCAUUACUGCGCUCUCUGUGCGUUAGUUACGCUGUUAGUUACGCUGUUGGCGCAGCUCUGUGGGUGGAGAAGCGGAGCAGCAUAAACUUCAGCUAUGGAUGUGUUUUUAAUGAUUAGGCGUCACAAGACGACGAUUUUCACUGAUGCUAAGGAAUCCACCACGGUUUACGAGCUGAAGCGCAUUGUCCAGGGAAUCCUAAAGAGGCCGCCUGAAGACCAGAGGCUUUACAAGGAUGAGCAGCUGCUAGAAGACAGUAAAACACUGGGAGACUCCGGCUUUACCAACCAAACAGCCAGACCACAGUCUCCAGCUACUGUAGGAUUAGCCUUCCGCAUCAAUGAUGAUACGUUUGAGCCUUUGCAGGUGGAGGCAUUUUCCAACCCUCCAGAGCUCCCUGACGUAAUGAAGCCUCAGGACUCGGGCAGCACGGCUAACGAACAGUCGGUGCAGUAAGAAGAAACAGAAGAGGAGGAUGAGAAGGAGAGGAUAAAAAGAGGAGAAGAAGAACCGAAUGCUCUGUUACGAGGAAGAGUCCAACACACCCGGACUGAGUACUUAAAGGGGUUUAGGCGUUUAACAAACCAAAUGGGGCAUAUUGUCACCUGCAGUCGAACUGAACUGAAUCUAUCACUCCUCAGUGUGUCCACACAGACCUUCGCAAAACAAACCCAAUUUAAUGUUGAUAUUAUUAUUAUUAUUAUUAUAAUUAUUAUUACAGGCAGUAUAGUUUACUCAUUCUUUCUAGACUGAUGUUCAUUUCAAUCUCACUGGCUUCCAGUGCACUGGCUCCAUUGACUGACCUCGUUUUUUGUUUUUGUUUGUUCAUUUAAGCCGAACACUGGGCUUCGUUUGAGUGUAGCUGCGCAUCUAAAAGGCGUCUCUUGCCAUUUGUGUUGUUAGUUUUAAUUUAAAUCAAAAGAGAAGAGGAAAAAGAGGUCUUAUAAUUUUGUUUCUUUUCUUUUUUUUUUUUUAAUAAAUACCUGGGCCAGAGCAAUAUCAGAGUUGUAGAUAAACACCAGUACAUGCGAAAGUUUGAUGUUUUAACUCACUGUUAAAGUGUGUUUGAGUCUUCAUUUGUGAAGUGUUUCACUUCAGGUCUGCCCACUUCAUGUUUUUCAGUCUAGCCCCUAAACUGAUCAAUAGUGCAUUAUCUAAUUUAUCUGGGUUUUUUUUGUUUGUUUGUUUGUUUUUUUCAUUUGUUUUUUCCUUUCUCUUUAAUUGUGAUUAAAGCGUUUAAGAAACGACCAUUUUAGGCAGAUAUAUUAAAUCAUAAUUUUACACAA